CGGGAGACCCGCAAACAAUGGGCCGGGCCGGCUGGUGCCUCCCGGCCGCGCUGCCCGUCAGUGCUGCGGCCGCUGCCGCCGGUGCCAGCGCCCCGCGGGUCCGCAGCUCCGAGACCGUGCCGAGCGCCCAGCAUGUCGGCUGAUGUGUGGGUGGGCCCAUGGAGGCCCCACCGGCCCCGCGGUCCCAUCGCCGCGCUCUACAGCAGCCCCGGGCCCAAGUACGGGCUCCCAACAAACGUAGGCUACCAACUCCACGACGCGUCCCGCUUCCGGGCACCCGCCUACAGCUUCGGCCUGCGCCGCCUCCAGCAAGAGGACGACUGCUCCCCCGGGCCGGCCUACAUGCUCCCCGCCAAGACGACCAUGAGGGGCAAGGACGGGACCCCCGCCUACUCCAUCCACGGCCGCCCCAGGGACCUGCAGAGCUUCCGCACCCCCGGGCCAGGUCGCUACUACCCAGAGAAAGCUGGGAAAUGGGCCUUUCCUACGGCCCCCAUCUACUCCCUGUCCUCCCGCACCAAGGAGUUCUCCAAUGACCAGACGCCAGGGCCUGCUGCCUACGGGCUCCCCCCGAUGAUGGGGCCCAAAGUCAUUGGCAAGAGCUCGGCCCCCAACUACUCCAUCCUCGGGCGCAGCCUGAUCGGUAGCUUCUGCGAGGACUUGUGCAAAACACCAGGCCCCUGCAACUACCGUGCGGUGGACUCCAACGUGUACAAGACACGGGCACCCCAGUUCAGCAUGCUGGCUCGCAACAUGCUCCCCGGUGACAACACUCAGAAGCCCGGUCCGGGCACCUACAGCCCUGAGAAGUACUCCCAGCACCGUGGGCAGACCUUCGGCAUCCGCCACUCGGACUACCUGGCUCCUCUCAUCGUGGACGUGGCAGAUUAACCAUGAUGCGCUGGGUGGCCUGGCACUGCCGUGGGCGCCCAAGUAGGAUGGGCUGGAGAACAACCGGGCAUUCGUACACGUGGGCUCCUGGUGCUUAGUGCCGUCGCAGCGGCUCCUCCAGCCCCGGUGCACCCAGAACCAGGGGCUGGUCUCCCUCCGCCCUCCCCUUCCACCACACGCUCAGCCCUGGGGUGGACCAGGUCAGCUCGGCUCCGUGGCCUUGGUGGCCUCUCUCAGGGCCACGUGACCCAGGGACCCCAACAUCCUGGCUGCUACAUGGGGAGACCGGGAGGUUGGGGCCGGCAAACACCAGCUGUGCCAAGCCAGCCACGGACAGGUCUCCCCAGGGUGCCCAGGCCCCCCUUGCCCCUCCUCACUGGCCUCUCUCUGAAGCCCACAUAUGCCCCUGCUUCAGCCACCCCCUUGCCCCAUGAAUCACAGGGACGUCGGGCUGGAAGGGACCCCCCAAGUCACAUCUAGUCCAGCCCCUGCUCAAGGCAGGAUCCUCCUUGCUUGAACCAGCCCAGCCACGGGUCUGUCGAACCCGCGCUGGAAAAGGUCCACGGAUGGAGAACUUCUCCGGGCGCCUGUCCCGAUGCUUGACCUCAGUUUCCCCAGCUGCAGCUGGAGUCCGUUGCUCCUGGUCCUGCCCCCUGCAGCCAUCUCCAUCGUCUCUGCCUUCACCCUUCAGGGAUUUGAAGGCUAAAUCCCCAUGAAUAGCCCAAUUCAUCCCGCACGAGCGGCCGGGCUCUCCUCCAUGCUAUUCCCCACCCCAGCAGGUCAGAGAGCGUGGGAGGCAUCAGGAGACAGCCGGAGGGGGAAGCGCGGAGGGUUUUCUCUGCCCCCCUGCCUGUCCUAGACAAGGAUGAUGCCGUGAGCGCUGUUCCUCCACCGUCUCCGUUCCAGGGCUCCUGCAUGACCCCUUGUCUGGGCUCCCCCUGCCCUGGGAUGAGGGGUCUCCGAGUCCCCCAGCCGCUCCUGCAAUGCUGUGGUCACCAGCCUUGGUCUGGUUUCUUCUCACCCACCCUCCUUGCCCGUUGCUGCGGGUCGAGCAUGCCCCUCGACCCACAGCUCCAGGCAGCAGCUCCACUUGGGAAGGGCCCCUGUGAAAUGGGAACGCAGGGGUGGGCUCCCCUGUGCUGGUGACAGCUUAACACCCCCCACGCGUGCACACACACACGCUCCUGCUGGCUAGUCCCCGGCUGACACAAGCUGUGUUUUCUGCUCCCGUCUUGCCCUGGCUGCUCACACUCAGUAGCUUCCUACCAUCCCCUCUGUGUCCUCUUCGGCACGGCUGCCCCCCAGGACACCGUCCCCGCGGUCCUUGCAUGGAGACCUUGCAUUUGGCUGUGCUAGGAGUCACGUCACUGAAAGGAGCCCCGGGCAGAAGCCGUUCGGGUCCAUGCGUACGCUGCCCCCGCCAGCCGUCGUUUACCCCACCGGCAAUUUUGACAUCAGCUGCUAGUUUUACCAGCCGUGAUUUGAUACGGUCUAAAGAUGAUGAAUAAAAUCCUUGAAUAGCA